ACUCUAUCUGCAUUUACACAUCCUAACCUGUGGGUGGCAGCAGGGAGUUACAAUGUAUCUGCUCUACCAACAUUUAGUCCAAGAAGAAGAAGCUGAAAUCAGUAUCGGCAAUGUUAGGCAACACAGCUGAAGUGCGGCAUUUUGGGAUGUAGCGGAGGAUGCAGAGCUGCAUUGGAUGCGACCACUUGACUGUAAUUUCUCGUCCUGGGCAGCUGAGCCAGGCGGUCCUGAAUGGCGUGCCCGGUUCAGUUUGUCUGCCGGGCGACCCGCACCGUUGGGCUGGUCCUCCUUUACUAUGUUUUCUCUAUUGGCAUCACGUUCUAUAACAAAUGGCUGAUGAAGGGUUUCCAUUAUCCGAUCUUCAUGACGCUGGUCCAUCUGGUCGUCAUCUUCUGUCUGUCGGCGCUGACGCGGCGCAUCUUGCAGUUAUGGACCGGGAAACCCCGCGUUGUUCUGAAAUGGGCGGUUUACUUCAGAAAAGUGGCUCCCACAGCCAUGGCGACAGCGCUGGAUAUCGGACUUUCCAACUGGAGCUUCCUCUUCAUCACCAUCAGCUUAUACACCAUGACCAAGUCUUCUGCGGUGCUCUUCAUCCUCUUCUUCUCCCUCAUCUUUAAGCUUGAGGAGCCGAACCCCUUCCUGAUCCUGGUGGUUCUGCUCAUCUCCUGCGGGCUCUUUAUGUUUACGUUCCACUCGACCCAGUUCAACAUGGAGGGCUUCAUCAUGGUGCUGCUGGCAGCCUUCAUCGGAGGAAUCCGCUGGACCCUCACACAGCUCCUCAUGCAGAAAGCCGAGCUGGGCCUCCAGAACCCAAUCGAUGCCAUGUACCACUUACAGCCUCUGAUGUUUCUGGGUCUGUUUCCUCUCUUUCUGUAUAACGAAGCUCUGAACCUCAGCAUGUCGGAGAAGUUAUUCCGAGUGACUGAGCUCCGUCCUCUCCUGUACUCCCUCUUCACGCUGACCAUCGGUGGCUUGCUGGCUUUUGGUUUGGGAUUCUCAGAGUUCCUGCUCGUCUCCAAAACCUCCAGCCUCACUUUGUCCAUAUCAGGAAUCUUUAAGGAGGUGUGCACGCUGCUUUUAGCUGCAUCCCUGAUGGGAGACGAACUGAGCAUGCUCAACUGGCUGGGAUUCGCCGUGUGUCUUUGUGGCAUUUCAUUACACGUGGGACUAAAAACAUAUUACUCCAAAAAUAAGCUGCCAUCUCUGCAGCAGCACAACAGGAGCUCUGAGCUGGCACUGCCGCUGUUACGACAGGACAGCGAUCAGUGGGAAGACUCCACCGCUGACGAGGACAAAGAGCAGGAAAUGAUGCUAAACUGACGUCGCAGCACACAAACUCAGACAGACUCCUGAACGCUUCAGAUUCCACAAGACGUCAGGAAACUGUUUCCUUCACUGACCUGCCUCUCAGGGAUCUCCUCCUCAGCUCUACAUCCACUGUGGACUACAAGGGGAGCAUAUGUAGCACAAACUAUGAGUGUCUUACAGUUGGAAUUUCUGAAGCUAUUUUAAUCUAAAAACUGUCCCAGGACGGGGAAAUACCCAGUUCUAAGAAAUUGUAGAAAAAUUAAACAAAACUUAAGUUAUUCUCUUUGAAAUAAAUUAAUUUUGCAGCUGGAUUUGCAACCCUUUUUUAGGUUUGAUAAUUAUUGAUAUUUAAUUUUGUGAAAUAGUUGAGCUGCAACACCAUCGAUAAAUCUGGAAAUAUAUUUGACAAACUUUGGGGAACUUUCCUGGCUCAUUGUGACUCCGUUUGAACACACAUCUCCAAACUAAGAUGUUAACUGUUUGAUGAUCUGAUGUGUGAAAUGUUUGUUAGUUUUGUGUAGAGCAUUAACAUUCCUUCAGUGUGUAACUGCAGAGUUGAAAACUGAAAAACCUUAAAUGUUGUCUAGUCUCCUUGUUUUCAUUUGAAGACCUUUAAGUGCCUUUUUUCCACUAUCUCAACAAUUUCUAAAGACUUUUCAGAGGACAUGAAAGGUUUUCUAAAGUUAAUUACUAAGAUGAAAUAAUUUCAAGUUCAAUCAUGAUUUUGUUUUUUUUUAAUGAUGUAAAACAUUGAGAAAUAAAGAGAUGAAAAGCUGAA